GGUAACGUUAAGUGAGAAACCUUCAUCCCAAGGAGAGGAUAGUGUUUUAAGGUGUUUAGAGUGUUUCCAUUCCUUCUGUGUUCUGCACAACAUGCUCAACCCGCAGAGGUCUCUGUCCGAGCUACCCAAGAUGUCUGCUGCCAGUCAAGUGGAAAGAGCUGUGUUGGAGGAGGAAUUCAACUGGCUGCUUAAAGAAGAAGUGCAUGCUGUCCUGAAGCAGCUCCAGGAUGUCCUCAAGGAAGCAUCGAGACGUUUCUCCACGCCGACGCCGGGCCUGGAGACUCAGCUCAAACAGGAAAACUUCAUUCUCGGCAGCUCAACCAUGGACCAAGUGAAGGGGGUGCUGACUCUGCAGGGAGAGGCUCUGACUCAGGCUGACAUAAACCUGAAGGUUGCAAAGAGCAGCCAAGUGUUGCACUUCCAGUUCAGAGAGGACAAGCUGUGGAAACUGCAGCAGAUUCAGGAUGCCAGGAACCAUGUGACCCAGGCCCUGCAGUUACUUAGCAGCCGUGAUGACAGCUACCACUUCAAGACAGGGGCUGAGGUUAAUAAGCUCAUGGAUGCAGUGAUGCUUCAGCUGACGAGAGCACGCAACCGCCUCACCACCCCGGCCUCCAUGACGCUGCCGGAGCUGGCCACCAGUGGUCUGAUGAAAAUGUUCACUCCUCCCAUGCCUGGGGAUGUGAUGGUGAACUUUUACAUCAACUUAAGCAAACUGUGCCUGACUGUCUACCAGCUUCAUGUGCUGCCUCCCAACACCACUAAGAAUUUCAAGCCAGCUGGGAGCUCAGUGUUGCACAACCCGGGAGCAAUGUUCGAGCUCAACAACAACCGCUUUGAGGUGAGCCACGUCCACAAGGUGGAGUGUGUGGUGCCGUGGCUCAACGACACGCUGGUGUUCUUCACCAUCUCGCUGCAGCUCUGUCAGCAGCUCAAAGACAAGAUUUCGGUCUUCUCCAGCUUCUGGAAUUACAGAGCCUUCUAACCCCCC